AUGCAAGAUAGCAAGAGGCCCAACCGCCUUGAUAGGCAUUUGAAGCAACAACAUCCUACUCUGGUUUUGAAGAAAGCUGAAUCACUCAAGCGGAUGAGACUGGACAAAUCGGGAAGUUAUCACACAGGUGUAUCGCAGCAUCUCAAAACUUCUUUUGAAAUAGCUCUUAUGAUAGCAAAGCAAAAGAAACCUCAUACUAUCGGUAAAGAAUUAAUAAAACCAUGUGUCCUAAAAGCCACGCAGAUAAUUUUAGGAGAAGGUGCAGAGCAAAGAAUGAAGUCUAUUUCCCUUUCGAAUAACACAGGCGUAGAAUCGAUAACAUUGCAGCAGACACAAAGUUACAAAUAA